AUGGAAGGUGGAUCUGCUUUAAUAGGUUUUCUUUUUGCCCUUACGUCGUAUUACCCUUGCUCUGGCCAGGGAAUCUUAGCGACAAAAUUUUUAAAAACAUCCGUCAUUGUUGAAUAUGAAUCUGUACGAAUUGAACCGAUGUUUACAGAUCCUGUUAUACAUAAUCAGGAAUGUUCUCAACUGUGUACCAGAGAUUACGGAUGCCGUAAAUAUAUGGUCGCUACGGAUAUUACUACGCACGACAAAUUGUGUUACAGAUACUCCGAUGGUGAAAAUUGUGUUGCGUCAUCGUCUGAGCUUUCAAACAAAGAAAGUGUUUGUUACAGAAAGUUAAAACAGUCUAAUGGUACUCAUUGUGUCAGUCCAGUUGGCUAUUAUGGUACAAAUUGUGAAUACAUUAUAAAAGAUUGUUAUCAUGGACAGUACAUAAACUUUAAAAGUACAUCACUAUCGUAUGUUAAACCGGCUAACAAGAUAUUUGAGGUUCUGUGUGAUUUUAAUAAUGGUAUGACUAAUAUUCAAAUUCGACGUUCGGAUUCGGUGGAAGUCAACUUUAAUCGUACCUGGAAUGACUAUGUGAACGGAUUUGGUAACACCCAUUCUGAAUAUUGGUUAGGAUUACAGAAUAUAUUCGACUUGACCAAUAAUGUUCCCAGCUUUAAUUUGGACAUCACACUCAACCAUUCUUGUAGUAUUUUAUAUCCAAAUUUUAAGUUAAUGUAUUCUACCAGUGAUUUCGUCUUUUCUGCCUCAGCCCCACCGAGCGAUGGUUGUUUUAUUGGUGACAUAGAUUUUAGAGGCGCACAAUUUGUAACGUACGACCGACCAUCGACUCCAAGAAGCUGUGCGCUACCACAAGUUGGUGGUUGGUGGUACACACCAUGGCCCUGUACAAUGAAUUUAAAUAGCCCAAGAGAUACGUUAAACGAUGUGCACAUCUCGUUUGUAAUGAUGCGGUUAUAUCCUUAG